AUGGAUGGAAAUAAUUCUGAUGAUAAUGAGAACACCAAAAUGUGGACGCCCAGAAUUGAAACGAAAUUAAUAAAUAUGUUGAGAGAUGAGGUUAGAAACAAUCAAACAACGGGCCGUACUACUUCAUGGACAAUUAGGCAUUGGAAUCAUUAUGCAAAUCAGUUGCACAACAUAUAUGGAUUUCGGUUCACAGGUGUUAAGGUGCGCCAAAAAUAUCAGCGAUUGAAAGCUGAUUACCAGACAUUUAAGCGACUCCAGGCACAGACUGGUCUGGGAUGGGAUCCUAUUAUAGACACUGUUGUUGCACCCGAUGAAUUUUGGGAUAAGACUAGCAGAAAUGUGAAGAAGUUUAGGACAAAAGGGUUUGAAUAUUUUCAAGAAAUGGCAGAAAUUGUUGAAAAUUGUUGUGCUACAGGGGCCCUGUCUCAUGCAUCCACACAAGGACCCCUUGACUCAGAAGAAGAAGACGACAUGUUAAAUAAAUUUUGGAACGCUGAUGCUGGUGGGAGUAAUGCUGCUGAGGCCAUUCCUGUUGACUUAUUCGGGGAUGAGUAUAUGGAUCCAACAAAGGGCAAAAGUCACAAGAGGGGCCCUGCAACCAGCCAGACUGACAGUGGUCGUUCCAAAAAGUCACGGUCAAGUGGGUUUGAUGAUGUGUGCGCAGCUUUCACAUCCUAUGUACAAGCCAAAAUAGGACAUUCACGUGUACGAGAAAAUGAGACUGAGGCUGUAAGUGCAGGUGGUAAUGAUUAUUUCCUUGAUACAUGUCAAGAUGCAUUGCUUGAGCUUGGGGACGUACCACCGUUGCAGUACGUUAGGGCACUGACACUAUUCAAGGAUAAGGAAUGGCGAAGACAAAGGCAUAUGUCAUCCGAAAGAGAAAACAAUACAAUGGAGCUCUCAUCAGAGGAGGAUGAGGUUGUUGAUGAUUUUAUGGAUUUUUUGAUGAUUGCUUUAAUGCAUGACCAUAUCAAGGCGUUAAGUAGCGCUCAUGACAACGCUAUUCUGGUUGAUUCUAUUACACGAGCUGAUCUACAGUUCCCACACCCACCCAAUGGCAAGUACUAUUUAGUUGAUGCUGGUUUCACGAACAUGCCUGGAUUUCUUGCCCCAUUUCGGUCUCAACGAUAUCACUUGCAAGAGUUUUGUGGCCAUCGUUAUGCAGGACCUAAGGAAUUGUUUAACCAUCGACAUUCGUCAUUACACAAUGUCAUAGAAAGAACAUUUGGUGUUUUGAAGAAGCGCUUCCCAAUAUUGCGGUCCAUACCAAAUUAUAAGUCUACACGACAAGGGCCUCUCGUGAUUGCAUGUUGUGUAGUGCACAAUUGGAUCCGUUUGCAUGCAGCUAUAGAUCCAUUCUUUAUGGAAGCUGAUAAUGACAUGGCCGCAGAAGCAGAAGCAAACGGACUUGUUGGAGACCAAGCUGACUACGUUGACAUGUCACAACAUGGGUUAACAUCCCAAUCGAACGUUAGAGAUGCAAUUGCUACUGUUAUGUGGCAAAAUCAUGUUCACCAUGGGCACCGAAGAUAA